UUAGGAUGAGAACCAACUUUCUUCCACUACAGCCAUCAACCUUCAGAAAUAGAGUACUCUAGCGCCACGACUCCGUUUCCCCUUUCCAUGGAUAAUAGCCGCCUGCGAAAGUAUACCAACAAAGGCACCAGUAGCACGUGGAUCAUACCAGCUUUUUCCAAUGAGGGGCCAUUCACCGCAAGAGUGAGGGUCCCAUUGCGAUACUGUGUUCCCUAGCUUUCCGGAUAGUCCAUAUUAUCCCAGUCAGCAAGAUAAGCUUUCCUCCGUGAACCAUUGGACACGUCAGCAUUGGCACUGCUGUUGUACAGCUCAUCGAUCGAAGGAAUUGUCGCUAAUACAGUGAGUUCAUAUAAUUUCGGGCCCUUUGGCUUUCGUCCUUCACAUACGCAUAAUCACCAACAGAGUGCUGUUGUACACUUCAUAUAAAAGCAAUCAGGGGCGGAUCCACAGUGAGGUCGUCGGGGUCGCACGACCCUUUGGAAACCAUGGAAACAACCUUGAAGCUCCCAUAUGCGACCUCUUGGAGCUGGGGUCGUCGGGGUCGUCAGGAAGAGGAAGAAGAAGACUCGGCAGGAAGAGGAAAGUGGAGAAUAUGGGUGGGAGGUUACUAGGAAAGUGGAGAAUAUGGGUGGGUGGGAGGUUACUGCUGUAUGCUUUUUAAUUAUUUUUUAUUUAGCCUUUUCAAUAUCUGGAUUUUUAAUUCUGUUUUUAAUUUUGUUGAUGUUUCACUCUGUCUAGGAGUUUGCUAGGUAGUGGUGUUAAUGGAGUCGUGAACUUUGAGAAAUUUAAGGGAUAAGUCUUCCACUUUUCCUUUUAAUAGAAUCUUCCAAAUGUGUUUUUUAAGUUGCGUCAUAGUAUUAUUUUAGUAACAUUUUUAAUAAAAGAAUGUCAUUAAAAAUUUUACCAAAUGUCAUUAAAAAUUUUACCAAGUGUUAAUAAAAGAGUUAUAGACUAUCACUGUAAAGAAUAUUUCUUUAGGGAUGAUGUUUUUUAAAGGUCCUUGAGUGAUGGCUUAUAUCCAUUUCAAGCAUUCAACUCUGUAACCGAUAGUCUUAAAGCUCUUGCUGCAAUUACUAAAGUUUCAAUGGAUAUUUGGCAUCAAAGAUUGGGCCUUCCAUCUAUUAAGAUACUAAAUAAAUUGGUUUCUAACUCAUGUAUUUCAAUAUAUAGUAGCUCAAAUAAAUCCUUUUGUUUAGAUUUUGCCUUAAGGAAAAAUUUUAGGCUUUCUUUUAUAUCUGCAACUUGUCAUACAAGCAAGCCUUUAGAACUACUUCAUACUGACCAACACCUAUAGCCUUUGUCCAUGGUUUUAGGUAUUGUGUCAUCUUUUGCGGAUGAUUACACCAAGGAUUGUUGGUUCUUCCCUUUGCAAUGUAAAUCCGAUGUGUUUUCAACAUUUAUGCAAUUCAAAACCCUCAUUAAGGAUAAGUCGUGCACUAAGAUAAUUACUAUUCGAUCUGAUUAUGGUAGUGAAUUCUUGAGUACUGGAUUCUCUAAUUACUUAGUUGAGCAUGGAAUUCAGCAUCAACUUAGCUAUCCUAAUACUCCAAAAUAGAAUGGUUGUGCUAAGCGCAAACAUAUGCACCUAGUUGAAACUGUCAUGAAUAUUGUUAAGGGUCCACUUAGGAACAAAAUGGGAGAUCAAUGGUUGAGUGAUAUCUUGCUUGUUUAUAUUGAGAGAGAUAUUUUUGCUUGUAUUGAAAAUGAAGCUAUAAUGCUUCGUUUUCAAAAUAUGAAACCUCGUCGUGGACAAUUAUAGUUUGUAAUAUUGUUUCCAUUAUGAAUUAUGAAUGAAAGUACUAUGAUUUCAUUUUCAAUAUGUUUUUCCGUCCUAAAUUUUUAUUUGAACUUUUACACUGCGACCCCUUGGGGUAAGAUUCCUGGAUCCGCCACUGAAAGCAAUACGGAAUUUUUUUUGUUUUCAUGGGGUUUUACAACUUGGCUGCCAUGGUUAUCAAUUUCAGAGAGGAGUGAAACAACUGGAAUUUGAGAACCAUGGCUUCUGGUUUUCAUCAGGUAGAGGGAAGACGGAGAGAGGGAGAAAAAAUAUCAAGUUUAAUUGUGAUUUUUGUUUUUUAUUGUGUUAGUGGCGGGACCCGUAUGCAAUAUUGGAAUUUUAUAGAAAAGACGGGUGAGCGAACCCCCAUGGAAAUUUCGAAAUCAUUGCACCCGAGAGAAAUUAUUAAAGAGGGGGAUUCUCUCUUCUUUUAAUCUCUCUUUUCUUCUAAUCUCUCUUUCUCCUUCUAUCGUCUCAAUAUUACAUUUACAUCUUGUUUUGAAUUUUUUAUAUAAAAAAUAAGAUAAAGAAAAGAAUGUGAGAUAAGGGGAUAGAAUAAGAUGGUAAUAGAAGAAGAAAAAAUAUUACUUCAAUUAUUACGGAUUGUGACCUUCGAUCUAAAAUAAUUGUAACAGUAGUGAUAUGACCGCUUGACUUCUUGAAGCCCGUGGAGUCAAAGUCGCGGCCCCCAAGCCACAAUGAUAAGAGUGUUAAAUAUUGAAGUAUGUCUCACUCCACAAAGUAUCUAUAUUAGGCUCAUUGAGCUAAGGCUAGAAUUUUUGCAAGGUUUUUCCAUGUAUAAACAACUCUGGUUCUUGACUCGAGCUUUAUUUUGCAGAGCACAUACAUGGGAUUCUUGGGUAUCAUUAUUAUCAUCUGGUCAAUUCUCAUGCAAUUGUGUCUCCUGAUGGUUACUUCAUCCUCCUUACAUCUAGGAGGGAAUGAGACGGAUAGACAGUCCUUACUUGCAUUUAAAGCUGAAAUCGUGAACGAUCCACUGGGCAUUCUUAGCUCCUGGAAUGAAUCCCUCCACUUCUGUCAGUGGCAAGGCAUUGCUUGUAGCCGUAGGCACCAGAGAGUCACCGUGCUGAACCUCCAAUCAAGCCGGCUGAAUGGUCAGCUAUCUCCCCACAUUGGAAACUUGAGCUUUCUCAGAACUUUAAACCUCCAAAACAACAGCUUCAACAACACCAUCCCUCAAGAAAUUGGUCGUUUGUUCCGUCUGCAACAACUACGCCUUGAAAACAACUCCUUCAGCGGUGAUAUUCCAUUCAACAUAUCACGUUGCUCUAACCUCCAAAUACUUCGCAUAGUUGGAAACCAUCUUAGGGGCAAACUUCCAAUUGAAAUUGGCUACUUGUCCCAGCUUCAGGUACUUCAUUUAAGAAACAACAAUUUAAGCGGGGAAAUCCCACUUUCUUUUGGAAAUCUUUCUUCUCUCCAGGUGUUGUCUGUGCAAGACAAUAAUCUACAUGGAGGUAUUCCGCAUAGUCUUGGCCAGUUGAAAAGAUUAAAAAUUCUUGCAGUGGGUUCCAAUAAUUUGAAUGGUACCAUCCCUCCCUCCAUAUACAACCUUUCAUCAAUUAGAACCAUUUCUGUGCUUCUAAACGAACUGCAUGGCACUCUUCCUCCUGGGUUGGGCCACACUAUAUUUCCAAACCUCCAAGAAUUUUAUUUCUGGUCCAACCAAUUCAGUGGACAGAUACCAACUUCAAUCUCCAAUGCCUCACACCUUUCAUUUUUUUUUAUCGAAUCCAAUAAGUUUACAGGAAAAGUGCCUAGUUUGGCACGCCUGUCAAAUUUGUAUAAGUUAACACUUGCCAAUAACAGUCUUGGAAAUGACGAGGAAGGUGACUUGGGUUUCAUCUAUUCUCUAGUUAAUUGCACCAAAUUAACGAAGUUUGAUGUUAGUGACAAUAAUUUUGGAGGAGUGCUACCUGAAUCCAUCAGCAAUCUCUCAACAGAGCUCAACCUACUAGUAUUUGAUCGUAACCAGAUACGCGGAAGAAUUCCCAUUGGGAUCGGAAAUCUAAUCAACUUAGAGGUAGUAGGCUCUCAGGGAAACCUAUUAACAGGCACAAUACCAAGUUCUAUUGGUAAACUGAAAAGGUUGGAUGGUCUAUAUCUGAACUUCAAUAAACUAUCAGGUACCAUCCCAUCUUCUCUUGGAAAUCUAACUUUAAUGACCAGGUUGAUUCUCAAGUCGAACAAGUUUGAAGGCAACAUACCGCAAAGUCUCGGAGAAUGCAGGAGUAUUCUAAAUUUAGAUCUUUCCCAAAAUAAUCUUCGUGGUCAAAUUCCUAAAGAAGUUAUUGGUUUAGCAUCCUUGUCACAAAUUUUGGAUCUAUCCAGCAACAAGCUUACUGGAUCCAUACCAAUGGAGGUAAGCAACUUGAUGCAUGUAGUUGACUUGGAUGUUUCUGACAAUAGGUUAUCUGGUGAGAUUCCACAAAGUUUAGGGAGUUGUACAAGUUUAGCAACUCUGUAUUUGAGUGGAAACUCAUUGCAGGGGACCAUUCCUGAAUCCUUGAGCUCUUUGAGAGGGAUUGAGAAUUUCGACCUCUCUCGCAACAACUUGUCUGGCAGAAUUCCCAACUAUUUGGAGAGUUUCCGCUUCUUAGUGAAUUUGAACCUCUCUUUUAAUGAGUUUGAAGGUGCAUUACCAAUGAAAGGAGUUUUCGAGAACACUAGUGCGCUUUCUGUCACGGGAAACUCAAGGAUUUGUGGAGGUAUACCUUCUUUAAGAUUGCCCAAAUGCGUCUCCAAGCAAGGGUUAUCUUCUAAGCUGAAAAUAAUUAUCUCAGUUGCUUGUGGGGUUGUUGGAUUGAGUUUAUCGAUUUUGUUUAUGAUUCUUUACCGAUCAAGAAAAGCAAGAGGAGUGAAGUCAACUUCUGGAUCAUCACCGGGGGUUUCACUUUUGAAAUUGUCCUACAGUGAUCUCCUUAAAGCAACCGAUGGGUUCUCUGCAGCCAAUUUGAUUGGUGCUGGUAGUUUUGGGUCUGUAUAUAAGGGAAGGGAUUAUGAAGGAAGAACUGUUGGAGUGAAAGUACUCAAUCUUCAAAGUGCAAGAGCUUCCAAAAGUUUCACUGCUGAAUGUGAAGCUCUGAGAACCAUUAGGCACCGAAAUCUUGUCAAGCUACUAACUGCCUGUUCAAGCAUCGAUUUUCAAGGGAAUGAUUUCAAAGCUUUGGUUUAUGACUUCAUGGUGAAUGGAAGUCUCGAAGAAUGGCUGCAUAAUUCAGCUCAACGGGGCGACAAUCCAACCAAUCUACAGAAGAAUUUGGAUCUUAUUCAGAGAGUAAACAUUGCAAUCGACAUAGCGUGUGCUCUGGAUUAUUUGCACAACCGCUCUCACCUGCCAAUAGUUCAUUGUGAUUUAAAACCAAGCAACAUUCUUUUGGAUGGUGACAUGACUGCAUGUGUUGGUGAUUUUGGUUUGGCAAGGUUCCUCCCAGAGGCUUCUUGUUCAUUUCCUGUGCAUGAAAGCUCUUCCAAUGCAAUAAAAGACUCCAUAGGCUAUACUGCCCCAGAGUAUGGAAUGGGAAGCAAGGUGUCAACAUAUGGUGACCUGUAUAGCUACGGAAUCCUGCUGUUGGAAAUGAUAACAAGCAAGAGGCCAACAGAUGACAUGUUUAAAGAUGGUAUGGACUUGCACAAUUUUGUUACGAUGGCUCUACCAGAACGUGUGGAAGAAAUAUGUGAUCCAUUACUUGUUCAAAUAGAAGAAAGCACCAGCAGUACUAAUCCCAGAAGUAAUAGGGGGAAUCAAGUCCCAAAUGAUCAAAGACAAAGGGUUGUGGAGUGCUUGACUUCCAUUGCAAGAAUAGGAGUUGCUUGUUCUGCAGCAAUGCCGAGAGAUCGAAAGGACAUGAGCAAUGUUGUCGCUGAGUUGUGUCUAACAAGGGAUGUGCUGACUGGAACAAGGAGGCCUAGAAAGCAUCUGUGAUCACGGCCGAAUUAGUGAAUCCCAUGACAGUGCUUGUAUGUUUCAUUGUGAUAUUCUUAAUGAUGACGAUGAGGAGUGGAACGUGUGAAGUGAACUUUUUGCAAUUGUUUUUAUGUAUGUUUAAAUGUUCUUAUUAAAUAUGUAAUUUUUCUUAUUUGCAUUACCAUCAUCCAAAGAAUGUCUCUUG